AUGCCAGAAGGAUCAACAUGAGUAAUGCCCUUUGUUGUUAUCAACCUCGGUGCAGAAAUGGUCUUCAUCCUUGACCAACGUCUUAGAGCUCAAAAUGUGGGGAAAGAAAAGUCCCAAAAAGUUCUUCAAGAGAUUUUGAAAUUCAUGUUUAACAAAUCUUUCCUUGAAGAAUUAUUUAAACCUCAGGAUAGGCACAGUUAUAAUGCAACAAAACAUUUGUUUACCAAGCUAGCCCACUCUUCAGUAAUGAAAUUGAACGAAAACAGUAUGAGCAAGCUAUUUGAUCUAAUGGUAAUGGGAGUGAAGUUUCAGAUUGUAUCCACAACUAUUCCAGAAGAACUCUAUCACCUCACUUUGAGACACCUCCAAGAGGUUGAAGACUUAGUAACUACUACUUCAGCUGUUGAGUACGUUGAAGAAUGUAGAAAUUGGUUUAUUAAUAUGUGUAAAGGAUUUACUGCCUACGAUUUUCAAAUGAUCAAGCAGCUUUUAUUGAGCUUUUUCCAAGAGAAACAUGUUAAAGUCUCUCUGUUUAUUCAAGAGAAAAUUCAAUCUCUUGAUGGAACUUUGAAUAUUUUCUAUACUGGGAUCGGACCAAUCUUCUCUCAGAAGCCUGGGACAAUAACUUACUAUGAUGCUGAUGGGAAGGUAAGAGAUACAGAUGAAGUCACAUUAAAUUCAAAUGAGAACUAUGAACCAAACCCAUUUUCUAAGAGACUUGAAGGAGCUACCGAUGGAAACCUCGGCCUAAACAUGUAUGCUGAGGAAAGAAAACCUCUUUGCUCAAGACCAAAACCACAGGAUGAUGGGCCAAUUAAUAAAUCCCAAAAGCCAACAAUGAAGAAGAAGGUAAAGGAGGAUAAAAAGGAGGAGGAGAAGGACCUAUCCACUCAAGAAUACUCCUUCAUAAAAUCCAUGAUUAGAGGAGCUGGUGAUGAAAAAGAAAAGAUUCCAAUCACAUUUGAUAGUACUGCCAAGGCAGCUAAAGGAUCAUCUGGGGAAGAUGUUGACCAAAAUAUUAUAGAAAUAGACACAGGCAAAGAUAACCUGAAAAAGAAAGAAACAAUGAUGAAAGAUUUCGAUGAUAUGGACCUUAAUCCACCUGCAGAAGCUGAUGACGGAGAUGACCUGCUAGAUUUAAUGGACUCAUAA